CCAAUAUGUCCAGCCUGGCCUCAUACCAACCAGCCGCUUGCUGUAACCUCGUGAGCGGUCGAUAAAGCUUCGGGGUUUUCAGACAAUUGGCCUCGCCAUAGCGAAAAGCUAUUCUUCCUACAAUCUCAUUACCCCAGCAGCAAGCCAAGGCCCCCGCGACCCUUGCACCACCUACGCAUUGAAUAAGAAAACGGCUCGCUACGCACUAGCCCUCGUCCAUCUGCGGUAGUGCACUGCACAAUACCUUCGAGCGGCACCAAACACCAGCGUUGAUAGCCGCUUCUCGACGACAUCGCCUCUGCCUUGUGUCGACCACCAUGGACUACGAGGCGCUCAAAGAGCAGUGGAGUGAAGUCGAGGACCGAGAUGGUGUUCGCCUUAGCUGGAAUGUCUUUCCCAGCUCUCGUGUUGAAGCCUCUCGCCUCGUCGUGCCCAUCGGCGCGCUUUAUACACCUCUAAAGGAAAAGCCCGACACACCUUUGCUGAACUUCGAACCCAUCACCUGCAAACAGCCAUGCCGUUCCGUACUCAAUCCCUUCUGCCAGGUCGAUCUUCGAGCACGUCUUUGGAUAUGUCCCUUCUGCCUUUCGCGGAACCCCCUUCCACCCCACUAUAAGGAUAUCAACCCUAACGCCGUGCCGUCCGAGUUGCACCCUGCAAACACCACCAUCGAAUAUAGGUUAUCACGGCCGGCUCCAAGUCCACCGAUCUUUCUGUAUGUUGUCGACACUUGCCAAGAGGACGACAGUCUUGCCGCUUUGAAGGAAUCCCUGAUCAUGAGCUUGAGCCUGCUCCCCGAGAAUGCUCUGGUCGGACUCAUUACGUUUGGUACCAUGGUUCAAGUCCAUGAGAUUGGAUACACUGAAUGCGCAAAGUCAUACGUAUUUCGAGGGAGCAAAGAAUACGCCGCAAAGCAGGUGCAGGAGAUGCUUGGACUUCUUGCCCCAAGCCUACGACCUGGUAUGCCACAGCAGCAACCUGGCCGACCCAUCAUGCCCAUGGGCCCUGCCACUAGGUUUCUCCUGCCCGUCCAGCAAUGCGAGUUUCAGCUCACCAAGAUCUUGGAGCAACUACAGAAAGACCCGUGGCCCGUUGCCAAUGACAGAAGAAGUCUUCGGUGCUCUGGCGUCGCUCUCAGCGUUGCGGUUGGACUCCUAGAAUCCUCCUUCCAGAAUGCUGGUGGUCGAAUCAUGAUGUUUGCUGGUGGUCCUGCCACGGAGGGACCAGGGAUGGUGGUUGGACCCGAGCUUCGAGAGCCAAUUCGCUCGCACCAUGACAUCGAUAGAGAUAAUAUCAAGUAUUACAAAAAGGCUCUCAAGUUCUACGACAAUUUAGCAAAGAGAACAGCGCAUAAUGGUCACAUUAUAGACGUUUUUGCUGGCUGCUUGGACCAAGUUGGUCUGCUUGAGAUGAAAGGCUUGUGCAACUCUACUGGCGGCAACAUGAUUCUGACAGACAGUUUUACCUCAUCCAUGUUCAAACAAUCCUUCAUAAGGGUUUUCGAAAAGGAUGCUGACGAUAACCUACUGAUGGGCUUUAACGCCGUCCUUGAAGUUCUGACCACAAAAGAGCUCAAGGUUACGGGCUUGAUAGGCCACGCAGUAUCGCUUAACAAGAAAUCAACUUCGGUGGGAGAAACGGAGUGUGGUAUCGGUAACACAUGCUCGUGGAAAAUGUGUGGUAUUGACCCUAAUGCUAGUUAUGGCAUCUAUUUCGAAAUUGCGAGUCAAAGUGGACCGACCCAACAUCAGCAAGGUCAACAAAAAGGCAUGAUGCAAUUCCUUACAUAUUAUCAACAUUCAUCAGGCCAAUUCCAUUUACGUGUCACCACAAUUGCUAGGAAUUUAAGUGGGCCAGCUGGCGACCCUGCUAUUGCCCAGUCCUUUGAUCAGGAGGCAGCUGCUGUUCUGAUGUCAAGGAUAGCAGUAUUCAAGGCCGAGGUCGACGAUGGACCAGACGUGUUGCGAUGGGUAGAUCGUAUGCUCAUUAGACUCUGCUCGCGCUUUGCGGACUAUAGGAAGGAUGACCCCUCUUCCUUCCGGCUUGAGAAGAACUUUACACUAUACCCUCAGUUUAUGUUCCACCUCCGACGAAGUCAAUUCUUGCAGGUCUUCAAUAACUCUCCAGAUGAGACUGCAUUUUAUCGCCACGUGUUGAAUCAUGAGGAUGUUAGCAACUCUCUGGUCAUGAUUCAGCCUACACUCGAUUCCUACACCUUUGACCAAGAUGGCUCGCAGCCCGUCCUGUUGGAUUCGACUUCAAUUCAACCAACACAUAUUUUGCUACUCGACACAUUCUUCCACAUUCUAAUAUUCCAUGGCGAAACUAUCGCUGAGUGGAAAAAGGCAGGCUACCAAGAUCAAGAAGGUUAUGAGAACUUUGCUGCCCUGCUUGAGCAACCUAAGGAGGAUGCAAGAGACUUGAUUGGGGACAGAUUUCCACUUCCUCGGUUCAUUGUAUGCGAUGCCGGUGGCUCUCAGGCUCGAUUCCUCCUCUCUAAACUGAACCCAUCAACUACGCAUACAACUGGGGCGUACGGUGGUGUCGGUGCACAGACUGCGCAAACGAUCUUCACAGAUGACGUGUCUUUGCAGACGUUCAUGGAUCAUUUGAUGAAGUAAGUAUUUGUUUGCUAUGCCCCUUGAAGUUGCCGUAAUUGACAAUCAUAGGCUUGCUGUGAGCGGUACUAGUUAAGGAGACACCUCAAAUCUGCUGGUGAUACAUCUGGAACGCUGGUCGAUCUUCGUCGUAUACUAGGAAGUGGUAAUAGGCAACUUUUGGAAUGCGUAGGUAGGUA